UGGAUAAGGAAGUGAAUGAGCUGACAACAGAUCAUUGCGAUAAACACAUGACAUUCUUAUGCCUACUUUCGCAAAGAUGAAAUAUUGAUAUUUUUUAUCUCGAACGUUGACAUUAACUUGUCAUACUGUAACAGCAAUAUUUGACCGCUAUACGCUAUACUGAGACGCCAAAUUACACAAGGUAAUUCCAAUUUGAAUGUUGUACGCUCCGUAACACUUCCGCCAUGGCCAGCAUAGUUCCGAGUGUUUCCGACUUGGUGGCGGAGGCUCGGAGUGUGUUCGAGCAGAACUUCGGGGGAGAUGGUCCGGAGGUGGCGGUGUGCGCUCCUGGGAGGGUUAACCUGAUAGGGGAACACACUGACUACAACCAAGGAUUCGUCUUGCCGAUGGCUCUGCCUCUGGUGACAGUGGUGGUGGGCAGUCGGACCCCUGGCCAGAGCGUCACCAUAGUAACGGCAGAGAAGGAUGUGGAGGAGCCCAGGAGGGUGACCUUUGACCUCCCCAAACCGGGGGAAGUUCUGUCUCCUGGGAAACCCAGCUGGGCCAACUAUGUGAAGGGAGUUGUGCAGCAUUACAGAGCUCCAGGUCUCCCAGGCUUCAGGGCAGUGGUAGCCAGCAGCGUUCCUCUGGGUGGAGGUUUGUCCAGCUCUGCCUCUCUGGAGGUGGCUGUGUACACCUUCCUCCAGCAGCUCUGUCCAGAUGACGGGGACAAGGUGGCGAAGGCGGUGGCAUGCCAGCAGGCAGAACACAGCCAUGCCGGUGUCCCCUGUGGCAUCAUGGACCAGUUUGUGUCUGUCCUGGGACAGGAGGGUCACGCUCUGCUCAUAGACUGCAGGUCUCUAGAGGCGACCCUUGUACCCCUGGCUGACCCCGCCCUGGUCAUCCUCAUCACCAACUCUAACGUCAAGCACUCCCUGACGGGCAGCGAGUACCCGGACAGACGACGGCAGUGUGAGCAGGCUGCCGCCAUCUUGGGAAAGGCCAGUCUCAGGGACGCCACACUGAAGGAUCUGGAGGACGCCAGAGCCCGCCUGGACGAGGUCUCCUGGCGCAGGGCGCGUCACGUCAUCGAGGAGAUAGAGCGCACCGCCCGGGCCGCCGACGCCCUGAAGAGAGGGGCCUACCGGGAGUUCGGCACACUCAUGGUGGAGAGUCACAACUCCCUGAGGGACCUGUAUGAGGUGAGCUGCCCAGAGCUGGACCAGCUGGUGGGGGCAGCAAUGCAGGUGGAGGGGGUGUUUGGGAGCAGGAUGACUGGAGGUGGCUUUGGUGGCUGCACUGUCACACUGCUGGAGGCCAGCGCCAUAGACAACACCAUGCAGCAUAUACAGGAGCAAUACGGUGGAUCUCCGACCUUCUACAUCACUACUCCCUCCGCUGGAGCCAGGAUCGUCAGUCUUUGAAGCAACAUGUACACAAUUUCACGUUACAAACUUGAUUGAAACUUGAAUUAUUAACACGCAACAUUCCUGUUGUUGAAUUGUAUCAUACUGACAUCUGUAUUAUAAUUGUUGCUAAUUUUAUGUGACAUAUAACAUGUUUUAAUGAGUGAAAUUGUACACUGGGUGAAAUUAGGUCAGCUUCUAACAGCUUCCAAAUGUGUCAUUUGUCACAGUGACUAAAAUGACUAAAUGUAAAUGUAAACAGUCUGCGAUGUGCCUUUAUCCAUCAUGUUGCUGUAAAAGAAGUCAAACCAAUAAAUAUAAUAUGUAAAAUAUGCAUUUAUUCAAUUGCAACUGUUAUUUGUAUAAUAACAAAUAGCAUUAACUAGCCUACUUUUUUAA